AUGGUUAACCGUGUCCCUCGUCACCAGUACAAGAGUCUGAGCCUUGAGGACAGCGAGCUAUGCCUGGAAUGUCUGUUCACCUCAAAACCGUGGCGAGCAGCCGAUGAUGUCAGUGACGCUCUACCAAAAGAGCGAGCCCUGAAAAGUGUCAGUUUCCAGGAAUCGGUCAGCGUUUUCUCUGGCACGCCUGCAGACAUGGAGCUGCAGAGCCAGCAGAUCCAACAUGGCUGCCUCAGCAGCCCCAGUAACCCAGUACAGACUCCUGACAGUGAGGUGCAGGAGAUCCGCUACCUGGACCAGGUGUUAGACGCAGCCUCAGAGACGCCCACGAAUGGAAACCCUUUCACGUUGGAGCACAUUGAACCGCUCAGCUUCAACGGAGCCGCUUCUUCUGUCUGCGUGUCAUCCUCCUCUCCUGCCAAUCAUCAAUCAGUCAUCAUAGACGAACAGAGACCGAGCGCGUUCGUCCACCGGGAGGAGUCUGCUGUGAGAGCCAACGGACACGUGCAGAGAGACGAGUCGGGUAGCGGCGCGGCCAAGUUUGAGCUGCGAGCGUUUCACGAGGAGAGGCGCCCUGCUAAACUCUUCACCCCUGGAGAGGAGCAGCAGGUCAGGGUGACGAGAAGACGACCCUCAGAGGAGGUUCAGGAGUUGGAGCGUGAGCGUCAGGAGCUCAUCAAAGACCAGGCGGUAAAGAAGAACCCCGGGAUCGCUCAGCGCUGGUGGAACCCUCCUCAAGAGGUCCCUUUGGAAGAACAGCUGGACAGAGAGCAGCUCGAGUCUCUCAAGAAAUACCAGGAGAGGAAACAGCAGAAACAAAAUCACCCUUAUGUGUUCACACAGCCCCAGGUGUCAGGUCCUCCCACAUUAGUGUCCUUUGAUCCAGACAUGCCCAGGAAGGAGGACAUCGUGGAGGAGCAGAUCGACUUCUCGUCUGCCAGGAAGCAGUUCCUGCAAGCAGAUGCUCCAAAGAAGGAUGUGACUCCUCAGUUGUACUCGGCCAAACCCUUCUCAAAGCCCACAACGAAGAGCAGCCCAGGGAGCUGCGACCUGGUUGCAGAGACGGGAGAGACGCAUGUGACUUGGUCAGAUGUAGGUCUUGCAGGGGAAUUUACUUGCGCUCGAGCAGUAAUGACAAUCCUGCGAGAAGAUGAGGAAGGAAAAGGUCGAUUUUAUCCGUCUUUUCAACCGGAGGAGUCUGACUCGGGUUUAGAUGAGUUAUCGGUCCGCUCUCAGGACACUACUCUGUUUAGUUUGGAUAACAUUUCAGACAGCGGUGCUUCUCUACCCCCAACUCCAUUGCCGCUUACCCCGGUGUCUCCACCAACCCCCCAGCCCACAACUCCAGUGAACGGGCAGACCAACGGCAGCCCAACAGAGGAGGAGCUGGAGUACCACGCAGGAAUGCUCGUCCAAAACGCUAUCCAGAGCGCCCUCGCAGCUCAGAAUGGAAGGGACUUAGACUCCACUCAGCUGAGUGCCCCUGUGUCGCCAUCUUCUGUCUCCACCAGUAGCCCAGUGCCAGUUUCCUCCUCGCCUGUAUCCUCCAGUGGAGCUCCAAGUUUCCAGUCUCCAGCGUCCUCCAGUCCUUCACCGUCCAACACCUCUCCACAACCUGACACGCAGCCACUGCAAAGAGCAAUUUUUCCAGAGAGUCCUUCAGGAUCACAGCAGUUCGAGCAGGUCUCCAGUUCAGCUCAACUUUCACAGCUCCAGGCGCCGUCUCCUCCACCAUCUCAGCCAGUUUCACCCCCGCAGAGACCUAGAAAUGGAGGCCCGAGGAUCAAAAUCCAGUCUUCUUACACCAGAGCGCUGGCCUCUUCGGCGCCAGCUGCAGCUCCAGCUCCUGCCACAGUGGUUCCCGUCCCAAGGCCAACUCCGGUGUACCGUCCCCCAUCUCCUCCGAGCCCAGAGAAAUCCGAAUUCAGCUACUUCAGUAAAUACUCCGAGGCGGCGGAACUGCGGAGCACGGCAGCGACGACUCGCGGCCCCGAGGUGGAGGCAGCCAGCGGCCCGUUCCGCUUGCGCUCCAAAAAGCAGAAAACGUUGUCCAUGAUAGAAGAGGAGAUCCGAGCGGCUCAGCAGAGGGAGGAGGAGCUGAAGAAGCAGAGGGAGGCACAGCCUGCCGUUGUCGUCCGACCCAGCACUACGUCCAUCAACAAUCAGGGACCUGUGAGACGAGGACCGAGGCAGACCACCAUCUCCCCGGCAGAUAAGAUGAAAAGCAACAGCCUGCCGACUAAACUCACACUGACUGCACGGACAGCACCAGGAAAGAUUGAGAAAGUUUGCCCCGCUCCACCCGUCUCCCCCUCGCCCUCUGAAGGUGCCCUGUCUGAUGCCGGCAGUGAGGACUCUGGAGGAUCAAGACCUAAAAACUUUAUGCAGACCCUUCUGGAAGACUACGAAACACACAAGAUGAAGAGGAAGGAGAAAAUGGAAGACAACAGUUAUGCCCAUUUGCUGCUGGCUAACGAGGUAACCACUGAGGUUCUGGAGGCCACUCGGAUGACCAGGAGAAAAAGCAACAUGGCGCUGAAAUGGGAGGCCGGUAUCUACGCUAAUGAGGAGGGAGAGGAUGAAGAAGAAGAAGAAGAGGAGGAGGAGUGAACAAAUUCAUCCAGAGAUGGAAGCUGGAAUAAGAGGACUAGGAGAUUGAAGGGAAAGUGGGAGAAUGAUUUAACCAGUAUUUAUUUUACUAACAGUGAUCAUGUCGAUGAAAUUCAUCAGAUUUGAUGGUUUUCGGAGCGAAGGGCUGAAGGUGUAACAGUAAGUGUCUCAGUCUGUGGGAGAUUGCUGAAGGAUUAAGGAGUUUUGAAAAGCAAGUCAGUGAUGCAAGAGACAUUUUAGAACAAUUUAAAGCAAGAGGUUGAAACAAUAGACGGAUGUAAACCAAUUCAAAUGAUUUUUUUUUCAACUAUUUUCAGUUUUUAUUAUUGAACUUUGAGCUACGGGUUCCCGACAAUUACUGAUGAGCGCUUUUGGUAACGUGUUCAAAACAUUUAAAAAGAAGUUGCACGUGUGUGACUGCAAGUUGUAAAAGUAUAGAGGCCAAGAGAAAGCACACUAAUGUAGGAAUUUUUUUGACCUUUAGUGAUGCUGCAUGAGGACGGACUGCAGUGUUUUUGAGGAACUGAACCAAAGGACACCACUGAGCAAACCUCUUAGAAUGUGUUUCAUCACGUGCAGCCUGCAGAGCGACAACACAGCACUCUGCAGGCAUUCUUAAAGCACGUGUUCAAUCAAAACUGUCAGAUUAACAGCUUGGAUGUUUUUGAAUGCUGGUAAGUAAAUCUGCUCAACAAACUUUAAGACUCUGAGUAUAUGAUGCAUUUUAUUCACUUCUGUUGUAUUGCUGCAAUUUCAAUAGAGCUUAGAGAAUAAAAGCAACCCCGUUAGAUGGGUUUGUCUAUAAUCACUAUUGAUUUAUCCUUGAAGAACAGAAAUAUUUGAGGUGGACAGAAAUUUAGCGUGUUUAUAAAAAAAAGGGCUGCGUCAUGAGGGUUAUUCUCUUAAAAUCACUUCUUUUAACUUGAUUUGUUCAUGAAGCUCUUCUUGGUGUACGCAGUUAUCAUGUAUUAAUGAGGUAGUGUUCGAUGUAUGCUAUUUGUUUGAGGAAAAAAAAAAUACAAAAACAUUUUGUAUUUUUUAAAAAAUGGUUGUACCAAAAACUAAAUGUUAUUUAGAGCAAGA